AAUGUUUUAUUUAGGCUAAGUAGAUACACAUUUCACAAAGUAAUGAACAUCUUAAUUUAUAACAAAAUUAAUAUGAAACUUGUUUUAUUUAUCUGUUUAUUCUUUAUCUUGCAGUCUCCGCUGUUUUUUGGAAUAUGUUUCUUCGUCUUGUCGGAGAGCAUGGUGAAAGGAAAGAAUCUGGGAUGUUUCAGUGAAUGUGAACAUGGGUUCAGCAAGAUUCAAAACAAGCUGCUUCAAUCUUUGCACGCGCACAGACACCAGCGCCUCCGGCCCGUCCGUCACGCGGCGAGCUCCUGUGAAGAUUUCGUUCGGUCUCCUUUAGCAGCGCUCAAUGAUCGCUCGCUGUCCCCCUGGCGGAUAAGAACAGUGGAAAAUACAGACAUGUACCCCUCAAAAUACGAGGAGGCAGAGUGUCUGUGUGAUGGAUGCAUCAUUAACGGGGUUGAAAAUAGGACCUACAACUCAGUGCCUGUGAAGCAAACUCGCUUAUUCCUGAAGAAGGUUCCUUGCCCGUCUGACCCGACAAAAUACUCUUUAGAGUAUAAACUUGUGUCAGUGACUGUAGCCUGUACCUGUGCAGUUCCUAAGCAAUAAGAGAGGAUAAUAGCUACUAUAUAGAAAAAAACUGUAGAGACGUGUCUCAUGUACCAUGUCGUGUUUGUUUUAAAAUGCAAUUUUUGAUAAGGUACUUACAUUGUUUGAUAUGCUUAUAUUUAUAAGCUGAAAAGUUG